CAGAAUUUGCCCAAGUGCCGUGCCCCGCGCCAGACGAGCAGCUGCCCCCGCCGCUCCCCCGCCUCGACCGACCCGCCCGCCGCAAUAUCAUCUAACCCAUCGCUCCCCCGCCGUGAGCGCAGCCGAGACACUCGCGUCCUAGUACUCGAUCCCCGCGCACCACCCGCACCCCCCACCGCGCAGACCAUCCACACCCGAACACCAGCAAUGACCACAUCCUCCUCCAUGGCAGCUCUCGAAGCCAAGUACGGAUACUACACCCCCAUCUAUGAGGACAUCAACCUCGGCGUCCUCCAAGACCAGCACGGCAACGUCGUGCUCAGUGCGGCGCACCCCGCCGUGCAAGACUACCUUCACCAAGCGCGCAUCACCCUGAAGCUUCCUCAUAACUACGACAGCCGCGUCGUAGCUCUCGCUGCCCUUGAGACCUUCUAUCACCCCCUCGAUCCCGCGCACUGGCUGCUGUGGGGCAGGCGCGAAGCGCCCACCAUUGGCAAGCUCCUCGACAAGCUCGUCUUGAAAGACAAGAGUAAGGCCAUCUACCACCAUGGCUCGUGGAUCGGCAGCGACAGCAUGCUCUUCACCCUUAGCACCCUUCAUCAUCCCGACUGGAUCAACAAGGUCAAGCGGGAGGCCCCCUGGUACGACCAGAUCGUCGCGCCUGGUGAGGAGUGGUGGGCCAAGGAGAAGAAGAUCCGGUCGGGCGCCAGCCGACCUACGACGCGCAGCGCGACUCGGCCCACGAGGCGCGUCACCCGGGCCAAGGCAGCGGAGGAAGCUGCUGCAGCUGCUGCUGCCGCCCCCGCCGCCGCGGAGCCGCCGCGCAAGCGCACAAGGGCUGCUGCCGGAACGAAGGCGAAUGCGGUCGCUGGUCCAUCUACUACCACUACCCCCGCUGCGAAGCCCAGGACUCGCCAGCGCGUCCGCGAGGCCCCCGCCGCGUCGGGCUCGGGCCACAGCGCUUCCACGCCCGAGCUCUCGCGCACCGUCUCCUCAGAGAGCACGCCGACGCUUGCCACACCACCUACUAUGUCGUCACCCCGCAUCAUCAGCCGUCCCACGCAGCCAAGCGCUGACUCUCGCGACAUCAGCCCCGGCUCGGUCACAACCGCUGUCGAGGUCAUUCCCAUGGACCCGAAGGGCAAGGGUAAGGCUACCUCUACCAAUCUCGCCGCCGAGUCGAAGCAGACCAAGGGCCGCGCUGCCCCGCGCGUUAUUGCGACCCCGACUAACACCCGCCCUUCGCGUGCGAAGACGCAGACCGCGAAGGCUGCCGCGCUAGGAAAGCGCAAGGCUGCUGACGCCGACACCGAGCUCGCCGCGCCCCCGCCCCGCCGCAAGGCCGCCAAGCGCGCGUAGCGCACUCCAUUAGACGCGCUCCCACCCUUCCCACCAUUGAUCAUCUCUGGCUAUCCGACGUUAUCAGCGUGUUCUCCCUCUCAUCGACCGCGUUUUUCCGCACAUCGCUCUAUUUAUUCGUCUCUGUACCACAUACAAACUCGUGAGUACAUACGAGGUCUGGCGGGCGGUGUCGUCCGGCUGGGUUACUGGCGUGAGGGACAUUCUCUGGAAUCCUUGGCCUAUAUAUCCACCACAGUGCCUACCCAUCGCAUAUAUUUUCCUGUCUCGUUC